CGCGUGCAACAUACAGCAGUCUACGAGUAGUGAGAAUUGCCGCAGCGUAGAGGAUCAAAGAGUCAUUAAAAAGAAAUAACGCAUAAUCUUCAUAUAUUGCAGGAGUCUAAUAAUUAUAUUUGACAAAACAAAAAAGAUGUCCUCUGCUAAAGGAGUUGCUAUUGGGAUUGACCUGGGCACCACCUACUCCUGUGUGGGGGUGUUUCAGCAUGGAAAAGUGGAGAUAAUUGCUAAUGACCAAGGAAACAGAACAACACCCAGCUAUGUGGCCUUCACAGACACAGAAAGGCUGAUCGGAGAUGCUGCAAAAAACCAAGUGGCCAUUAAUCCCAACAACACAGUGUUUGAUGCCAAGCGGCUGAUUGGCAGAAAGUUUGACGAUCCAGUCGUACAGUCUGACAUGAAGCACUGGCCUUUUCAAGUGACCAGUGAUGGCGGAAAGCCGAAGGUUCAAGUCGAGUACAAAGGAGAGAAGAAAUCCUUUAACCCUGAAGAGAUCUCCUCCAUGGUUCUUGUGAAAAUGAAGGAAAUUGCUGAGGCCUAUCUGGGACAGAAGGUAACAAAUGCUGUUAUUACUGUUCCGGCCUACUUUAACGACUCUCAGAGACAAGCCACUAAAGAUGCUGGAGUGAUUGCUGGACUGAACGUCCUGAGGAUCAUCAAUGAGCCCACAGCAGCAGCGAUUGCCUACGGCCUGGACAAAGGCAAGAAAACAGAGCGCAACGUCCUGAUCUUUGAUCUGGGAGGUGGUACCUUCGAUGUGUCUAUCCUGACCAUUGAAGAUGGCAUCUUUGAAGUAAAAGCCACAGCAGGAGACACUCACCUAGGUGGAGAAGACUUUGACAAUCGCAUGGUCAACCACUUUGUGGAGGAAUUCAAGAGAAAGCACAAGAAAGAUAUCAGCCAGAACAAGCGAGCCCUGAGGAGACUGCGCACAGCAUGUGAGAGAGCCAAGAGAACCCUGUCCUCCAGCUCUCAAGCCAGCAUUGAAAUUGACUCACUGUAUGAGGGCACCGACUUUUACACCUCUGUCACCAGAGCACGCUUUGAAGAGUUGUGUUCAGACCUGUUCAGAGGAACACUAGAUCCAGUGGAGAAAGCCCUGAGAGAUGCCAAAAUGGACAAAUCCCAGAUCCAUGAAAUUGUCCUGGUUGGAGGGUCAACAAGAAUCCCCAAGAUCCAGAAACUUCUGCAGGACUUCUUCAAUGGACGGGAACUGAACAAAAGCAUCAACCCAGAUGAGGCAGUCGCUUAUGGUGCUGCAGUUCAGGCCGCCAUCCUUAUGGGUGACACUUCUGAAAACGUCCAGGACCUGCUGCUGCUGGAUGUGGCCCCACUGUCCCUGGGCAUUGAAACAGCAGGAGGAAUCAUGACCCCUCUAAUCAAACGCAACACCACCAUUCCCACCAAACAGACACAAAUCUUUAGCACGUAUGCAGACAAUCAGCCCGGGGUUCUGAUUCAGGUGUAUGAAGGUGAGAGAGCCAUGACCAAAGACAACAACCUGCUCGGGAAGUUUGAUCUGACGGGCAUCCCACCUGCACCUCGUGGAGUUCCUCAGAUUGAAGUGACCUUUGAUAUCGAUGCCAACGGCAUUCUAAAUGUGUCUGCUGUGGACAAAAGCACCGGCAAAGAGAACAAGAUCACCAUUACCAAUGACAAGGGCAGGCUGAGCAAGGAGGACAUUGAGAGGAUGGUGCAGGAAGCAGAUAAGUACAAAGCAGAUGAUAAUCUUCAGAGAGAGAAGAUUGCAGCUAAGAACUCCCUGGAGUCGUACGCUUUUCACAUGAAAAACAGUGUGGAAGGUGAAAGUUUAAAUGGUAAAAUCAGUGAAGAGGACAAGAAAAAAGUGAUUGAGAAGUGUAACGAGGCCAUUACCUGGCUGGAGAACAACCAGCUGGCAGAGAAGGAAGAGUUUGAACAUAAACAAAAGGAACUGGAGAAAGUCUGCAACCCUAUCAUCACUAAGUUGUACCAGGGGGGUGUGCCAGCUGGAAGCUGUGGAGCUCAAACACGGUCAGCUUCAGGAGCAAACAGCCAGGGACCAACUAUUGAAGAAGUGGAUUAAAAAAUAUGUAUAGAUUCUUUUGAAUGUAUGACAAAUACUGUAGGUUCAGCAUGACUGGCAAAUUUUGGGGUGGUAACCCUAUUUAGUACGUUCCUUAUUAUAAAUUUUAAUACCGUGCCAAACUUUAGACCAAAUAUUACUUAAGACUUAGAUUUAUCCUAUUGAUAUUUGUUUUUGUAUAUAUAUUUUGAUAAAUGUAGUCUUGUUACUUUAAAUUGUUUAUUACAUGUAGAAAGUUGUCACCUUUUAAUAUUAAUUUAUUGAUAUUUUAAAAAAUUCCUUAAACUCUUUACUUAAAAAUCAAAAGAAACUUUGUUUUUAAAUAAUUGUCCAUUUUAAAUAUUCUGAAUACUGUACAAAUGUGUGUUACUGUAUUACUGUGUUAUACAUAACACUGAUGAUAAAAAGUAUACUGUUGCUGUUAUUUUACAUUUAUUACAAAAGUAUUACUAUAAAUUUUGUAG